AUGGCUACUACUCCAAUAAUAAAUAAUAUGCUUCUUGAAGAAGAUGAUCCAAUACAGGGUAGAACCCCUGAGAGAAUAGAGGAAGUGCCACAAUCAUAUACUCAAUAUGCUGGAGAGGAACUAACGUCUCUCCUUCUGCAUUUACAUCCACAUAUUGAAAUGAAAGUAUCUAGUUCUGAACCAAGGGAUGCAUUACAGCUGGAACGUACAUGUCUAACCUUUAUACGAUUUGCUACCACAUUAUUCUUCACAGCAUUAGGAAUCACUUUUAAUUUCCGAUUUCAAACUUCGGACGUUAAAGAUUCAAAAGAGAAUAAAAGGACAAAAUUUUCAACUGUUGUAUCUAUGAUUUUGAUAGCGUUAUCGUUAAGUGUAUUGCUUGUUAGUGCAAUAAAUUACUUCAAAACCAUCAAUCGAUAUGCGGCUCAUAAAAUUCAAAACUAUGGAUUUAAUAAUCUUACUUCUGUCGUUUGUGUUACAGCCGUUAUUAUUACCUUGAUGGGAAUCAAUAUAUCUUUAAUUAUUGAAGGUUACCUUGAAGAAUCAUAA